AUGAACAUCUUUGGUGCAGCCCUCUCCAUCCUCCUGGUUGCUGGCCUCUUUUCUCAGGCCUUUUCUGGCCCAAUUGGAGCUGACACAACCAUCUGCUGCUUCAGCUAUACCUCACAGAAGCUGCCCCAGAGUCAUGUGAAGGAUUAUUUCUACACCAGCAGCAAAUGCCCACAGCCAGCAGUUGUGUUCAUCACCAGGAGGACUCGGCAGGUUUGUGCUAAACCUGAUGCCAGGUGGGUGAAGGAAUAUGUGAACUUCCUGGAGAUGCACUGA